AUGCGGAAGAAGUCGGCACCUCGUUUUUUGUCAAAAAGGGCUCAAGCUGCACGCUCUUUCAUGCACGUUCGUGCCCUUCCGUUCUCUUCUCAAGUUGAACAAAAUCAAUCACGCAAACGAUCGAGGAACAUCCCUGACAUAAAAUUUGAUCUCUCUCGGACUUAUGACCAUUCCCUUGCCAUCCAUAUGUGUGCUGAAAUUCCCCCAAAUUCAGUCUGUCUUCAAUCUCUUUCCCUUCCUUUUUCCUCUACUCUCUUAUCCUACUUUAGACAAUCCCGUCGCGUGGAUAUCUAUUUCUCUUCUUUACCUCAAAUGACCCUUUGCUUUGAGUCGCAGGAAUCCCGUGAACGUGUUGUUCUCAAUGCUGACUUUCCAAAUCUCUCUUUCAUCCUCUUCGGUCUUUCAUCGAAUUCCCUUUCGCUUUUUGGUCGUGUGGUAGCUCAGUCAGUUGAAGUGAAUGUUAUCGUCAAAUCUUCCGCGAUUUUAACCACUUCAACGUUUAUCCAGUAUGCAAUAAGCCCGUUACAGUUCGAGAAAAUCUUUAGUUUUAUUACGCUUCAAAUUUGGCCCCUUGACGGAUCGCUGGAUAAAUUUAGGCUUCCUUUGUUUGUCGAUAUUUCGGAAACACAAGAAGAGUUCAUUGCUUCUUUGAAUUCAGUCUAUGCUUCUGUUCAGCACACUCAUAUGGCGGAAUCUUCUCAAUGGAAUGAUCUAAACAUUUGUCAACCGAAGGAAAUUAAAAUUGAUCUUCUCCCCUAUCAAGUCGACGCUAUUCGAUGGAUGAUCUUCCGAGAGAGAAACAUUUUUCCUAUCGUUGAUCCUAGUUGGCUCUCUCCAUAUUUCGUGCGAAUGAAUGAGGACAAUUUGUUUUUUUCUACCUUAACUGGACAUUUCACGACCUCGGUCCCCGAAGUACCAUCCGACUCCUGUCUUGGAGGAAUUUUGGCGGAUGAGAUGGGUCUUGGUAAGACUCUGGAGGUUAUAUCUCUCAUCAUUCACCGUCCUUGUCCAUCUGACAUUACCAAUUCCCCGCUGUACGAUCUUAAAUCGGAAGCAGACCUAGAAGGUGUCUUUGCUUUCGAUUCGAAGACCAAUGACGAGUUAGUAAUGUACGAAGACGAGGAAGAUCACGAUGCAACUGUCGCAAUGGUGGAGGAGAGUGUUUUCUGUGUUUGUGGUGGUGGUUGUUGCGGAGACAUGGACUUUACACUGAUUUCCUGCUCUGUUUGUAAUUCAUCCAAUUUGCAACACGAGGAAUGUGUACAAUUUAAACGAGUGAUUGAUACUUCAGCAGGUGAAAGCCUUCGGUUGAAGUACAUCUGCCCACUGUGUUGGAAUCAUCUUCGCGUUCGUUCCAAAGCAACUUUGGUUGUUUCUCCAGAUCAUAUUUGGCGUCAAUGGCAAGACGAACUACAAAAACAUGUUGAUCUUUCUCACUUAAAAGUUCUUAUCUAUGAAGGUCUGAACAGCCGUCCAAUUCGACUGUCAGCAUUAACUUCAUCGCAACAGCAACCACCUCCUGAAUCAGAUUCGGAUUCCGCCUUCACUCCAAACUUUGUUCAACCCGGAGAACUGGCUUCUGCUGACGUGGUACUCACCACCUACACCGUUCUUCAACGUGAGCUCGGAUGGGCGUCAGUUUCCGCAGAACAGAGGGUUGGUGAGGGUCAUCGGCCAACUCUACGAACGGCUCAACGCUACCUUGCCCCACCUAGUCCACUUGCUUGUGUUAUCUGGUGGAGGAUUUGCUUGGAUGAAGCGCAAAUGGCGGAAAAUGUGACCUCAAAGAUUGCUCGAAUGUUGUCAGAGGUAGAGGCUGUGCAUCGAUGGUGUGUCACGGGGACGCCAGCUGAGAAAGGUCUUUCUGACUUCUACGGCCUCCUGGCCUACCUACGCUUGGAACCUUUUGCUUGUCGACAUUACUGGAACGCUUUACUCUACCAGCCCUUCGUGAAUGCGCUUCGUUCUUCCUCACCCACCGAACUUUCAGACACAUUAUUUGUUCGUCUUCUUUCUCGUCUUCUUUGGCGCAACACAAAAGCUCUGGUCGGUUCCCAGCUCUGCCUCCCAUCUGUCUGUCAACAGAUCCACUGGGUUGAUUUCACCAGCGUCGAGCGCUACAUUCAUGAUCGCACACUCUCUGACUGUGCUGACGCCUUGCAACAAAUGCUAGCAGAGGCGCCAGAUUUUGACCUGGAUGGACCACUGGCUGCACUCUCCGGGAACCUGCAUUGGCGACUAGUAGCUAUGGUUACCAGAGCAAGACAAGCUUGUACUCAUGCUAGUCUGGUAGUGAUCCAUUCCAGUACUGGAGGUGGAAACGGAGGCGGUAGAUGCACAGGAUUUAGAGGUUCUUCGGAUCCAACGCUUCAGGUCUCAAAAAACGCAAAGCUUCAAGGCACUGGGUGCGCAAACAUGACUGAUGUUAUUCGAAAGGUGGUGGAUGAAGUGCAUCAGGAAUGCGAGGCCAGUUAUCGGACGUGGGUUUUCAAUAAGAACGGCGCUGCAGCGUGCUUCAUACUUCAGCAGAAGUACCUCGAAGCUGCCGCGUGCUAUCGUGAAGUUCUACGCACUGCUAUAGGCUUGGAAUCCCGUCAUGGCGUCUUGUCUGACUGGAGUCAACGUCUACACUCGAUUACAAACCUUCACUGGCUCAUCCAGUGUCAUGAUGUGCCACUGGAGAACUCUCCAACACUGGUGGAAAAGAAGGCGACCAAAAAAGUGGACGAAGAAGGCGAAGAGGUAGUGAACGUUCCUCUUGACGAAUGCAUGAAUUCCGAUGGACUGCCGACAUGGGAGGAGCUGGAUCCAAGGGUGGACAGGGACUUGUUGUGGAAAGCAAAGCUGCUAAGGAUGGACUACCUUAAGACGAAUUCUCGUCUUCUUUCCAAAGCACGUGAAAAGUUGGAUCCAGUUGUUUCUAGGCUGGAAAAACUCCUCUAUCAUCCUUCCGACCUUCCGUCCACUAUCGAAGACAGUUCUACCGAUCCAUGGUUAACAUGGCUUUACGAGGCCUUGGAACUCCUUGCCUCUUCCAACAUCCUCGACCAACUACCACUCAUGGUUGAAUCCAGUCUUCAAGGUCGUUGUUCACAAUUUCGGACCACACUUCUUCACACGCGAUCUGGUGCUGGAUUCAAGGCUGUCCUCUUUGUUGAAGUGAAAUCGGUUCUAGACGCCCGGCAACGGCUUCGAAAGGCUAUGACUCCACUGGACCAAACAUGGAACCACUUUCUUAAAAAUGGGGAAGUUGAUCGGUCUGUUCUGGAAAAGUACUACAUCUGCUGUUGUACUCGAGACACGCCUAAUCAGAAUGGUAAAUCGUCUCGAAAAAGGAUCAGAAAGGCCUCUCAUUCCAAAUGUGCUUACUGCUUAGCUAGUGAGGCUCUUCAAGCCUAUCGACAGGUAUUGAAUCAGGAGAAACCUACUGCGUCAGCAAGAGCUCAAAAACGAGUUGUUCUUGAGGGCCUUCUUGAAGAAUCCCAAGUGGAGGAUGAUGCUGCUCUACUUAGUGGAGACUUAACCGCCAUCGGAUUGGUGAAUCCU